ACAUUUACAAGCCACAACACCACAACAGUUACUUUAAAAACGUUUUUUCAAUUUUAUUCGUGUCCACGGGGCUGCCAUUCCGGUUUGGAGGCAGAGAUGGCUUCCGAUAUCGAAUUUAUCACAGUGAGCCGUGCUUCACGCAACAAGCGCAACAGGGGAGCAAACUGGUUCUCUCCAGCAAGCAAGAAGCCCGAGCCGAAGGAGAUGUUCCGAGGCUCCAACAACCGAGCAGGCCAGCCGCUUGACUGCAAGCUCUGUGGAAUGAACCCCACUCACGAGACUGCAGGUCAUAAGCAGCGCUCCAAGUGCGGUCGACGAGGGCACUCUGAUGAUCAUGCGAUUGGCCAUGGAUGACAAGGAUGCGACGAGGUUUACAUCAAUCAAUGCCUUCAUAAAAAUACUCAGCAUCCUCGUGGGUCUCAAUCAACCCCACGAUAGAAUCAAUACUGAUUCUUCUGACCCAGGUCCACUCCGAAAUAAUAGAAAUGGCUCGGCGAGACGGUUCACACCAAAGGGAACGCCGCAAUCCCCGGCGCCUCCCGUUGCCACGGCUCGUCAUCAGUCUUCCCAAUCCA